AGUGUGAGUGUGUGUGUACUAUCAGCAGGACAGGAGGAGAGGAGGAAAGGAGCACGCUGUCCUGCUCUCGUUUGUUGUUCCAUUCUGCUCUAGUUUUUGUUCUCUGUCCAUUCUGCUGUUGCGCUGCCGUGGGUCAGGGAGGGGAAGAUGAGAUGAAAGAGCCAGACAGUGAACCUGGAGAGGAAAGAGCAGCCCGUCUCCACACUAACUAUUAUCAAGAGUCCAACCUCUCCAACUAGAAACCUCUCAACGUCCCUAAGGAUGCAGCGGUCCUUAUGAGCAACGAUAUAAAGAGCUGUACCUAUCGGGAUUGUCAUUAGGUAAAGCCUUCUCCUACCACUCCAGGGGCCCAUCCAUCCCUUCUCCUAGCACUCCAGAGGUACAUCCAAUCUCUUCUCCUACCACUCCAAAGGCCCAUCCAAUCUCUUCUCCUAGCACUCCAGAGGCCCAUCCAAUCUCUUCUCCUAGCACUCCAGAGGCCCAUCCAAUCUCUUCUCCUACCACUCCAGAGGCCCAUCCAAUCUCUUCUCCUACCACUCCAGAGGCCCAUCCAAUCUCUUCUCCUACCACUCCAGAAGCCCAUCCAAUCUCUUCUCCUACCAUUCCAGAGGGUCCAUCCCAUCCCUUCUCCUACCACUACAGAGGCCCAUCUCAUCUACUGUCCAGACUUCCAGCAUCUAGUGUUGGGUUACCCGGUGCACGACCAGACUUUGGGUGGCCUGUCCAGCUCUACCAGACAGUACCACCACCAACUGAACAUCUGUUGCUAAUCCCCAAACCAGUCCCCAGUUCCUCAGCCCAAUCCCACUGCAGGGGAGGAUGGGUGAUGGGCCUUUGAGUUUCCCUGCCCUCUCUCCUUCCGUCUCUCUCAUCCUCGCAUGGAGCCUCCGUCUGACACCUCCAGUUCCCCCUGGGACACCUCCAACUCCCUCUCCAGAUCUCCAGGGCCAUGGCUCCCAGCCCUCCCAGUCUCGCUGCACCCCAACGUGAGUUUUCCUGUGGGCAUCGGCGCCAGCGGAGCCCCCCUGUCCCUGACCCACUCCCUGGCCCUGGUUGCCAUGCUCCUCAUGGACCUCCUGGCCGUCGUUGGCAACCUAGCUGUCAUGGCCGUCAUCACCAAGACGCUGCAGCUGAGGAAGUUUGCCUUCGUGUUCCAUCUGUGUCUGGUCGACCUACUGGCGGCUCUGGUUCUGAUGCCUCUGGGGAUGCUGUCGGACCGGAUCUUGGUGCAUGAUGAGGCACUCUGCCAGAGCUACCUCUGCCUGAGUGUAGGGCUGGUCAGUGCUGCCAUUUUGUCUAUCUCAGCCAUCAACGUGGAGAGGUAUUACUACAUCGUCCAUCCGAUGCGCCAUGAGGUGAAAAUGACAGCAGGGGUGGUUGUGGCAGUGUUAGUCGGGAUCUGGGUCAAAGCUAUUGUGAUGUCAGCUCUGCCUCUACUGGGCUGGGUGCCCCAGGGAAACCAGGGGGUAGGUGUCGGACUUGGAAUAGGACUAGGGAGUCCCAUGAUCCCGGGUCCUCCAAGCCAGAGACGUUGCUCCCUACACUGGACUGGAGGAGGAGGGACCACACGAUUAAUCUUCAUGGUCUUCUUCACCGUUGUCUACUUCCUGUGUGCAGUACUGAUCAUUCUUAUUGUGUACUGUAACAUGUUUAAAGUAGCCCGGGUGGCAGCCAUGCAGCAUGGCCCCUUACCUACCGGGAUGGACACACCUGGGCCCCGCCCUCACCGCUCCGAGUCCCUCAGCAGCCACUCCACCAUGGUUGUCAGCUUGGGGGGCCCUGGGGGCCCAUGUCCUCCACUCCGCACCCCCAGUCAGAGGACCUUCAACGGGGGUAAAGCCGCGGCAGUCCUGGUGGCGGUUGGAGGCCAGUUCCUAUGCUGCUGGCUGCCUUACUUCUCCUUCCACCUGUACGCUGCCCUGGUCUCUACCCCCCAGGCCUCCCUGGUCUCUACCCAGCUGGAAGAAGUCGUGACCUGGAUUGGUUACUUCUGCUUCACCUCCAACCCUUUCUUCUACGGCUGUCUGAAUCGGCAGAUCCGAACAGAGCUGGGCCGAAGCCUGGCCUGUCUCUUUAAGCGGGCGGGGCCGGGCGAUGGGGAUCAGCUGGCCAGCAGAGAGGCCUCCAUCGAGGAGAACUUUCUCCAGUUCCUUCAGGGGACAGGGUUGGAGCCCUCCACCCAGGCACACAGCAGGGCUAGCAGGACCGAGGAGGAGGCGGGGGAGAGGGGCCCUCUUCGAGAUGUACCUCGUCAGGACAACACUCUGGUUCAGGAACACACGCCUGUUGACUUCCACAUCCCUGGACAGAUUAUCGAGAAGACCUCGGAGUCCUUGGAGCAGCAGGAUCUGAAUCUGAACGAUGACAUCAACCUAGCGGAAAACUGCUGCAGAGUAAACAGGACCGUGCUGGACAGUGCCUGAACUCUAGUAUUGGACGUUCAUUCGUACAGUAGGCCUGUUUUUGGACAAGGCAUCAGAGGUAGAAACAUUAAAGCCUUCGUCUGCAGGCCGAACAUCGGCGUAGAAGUCCUGUGGUGGAAACGGCAGGUAGAUGACCUGUCCUUUAGAACGUCUGGGGUUCUAAUUCUAUUUGAUGCUGUUUGACGAUUUUGUUGUCCACCGUUGCUACAGUUGGAUUCUGGGACAUACAUGAUGUACCUAGUCAGUGAGACAUUGCUCUUGAGCUCCAGUUACAGUGAACCUAUCAUAUAGACUUGGUAUCGUCUCUUGAAGAAUUCAGGUUAUUAUCAUUUGCAUUCUUUGGGACUGUCACUUGAAUCAGGGUUCCUCUAGGAGGUAUGAUGAAGGGUUUGGGGGAAAUUCGAAUUUGAAUUCCAGUAAAAUCAGGAAGUAAACUGAAAUUCCAAUUCCAAUCAUCCUCAAUGCUUUUAAAAAAAAAUUAGGUUUACUUCCAAAAUAGACUGAAUUUAAAUGUAAUUGACCCUAACUCUGGUAUAACAACAUUGGUACCCAUUUACCAUUAAGACCAAAACCCAUUACAUCAAAUACAUACAGACAGUCAAUCUACCUCCCCUGUUUCCUGUCAAUCCUCCCACUGAUUUAUAUUCUGGUCAAGGAGAGAACAUCACACUACCACUUCGCAAUCUUUGUUUUAGUGUGGAUGAACACCCCCUCCUCCCCGCACCAAGACAAUCAGUUAAACAAAUAUCAAAUUCCAGUCCUAUAGACAUACAUACAGUAGCAGACAUAGAGGUUAAGAACCAGGUCAACACACAGAUCACAGAAAGGCCGAAUCCAUUUGUAUGAACCGCGUGUUUAUUCCACGUUCACGUUCUCAUUCUCCGCUUCCUAAUGCAACCAAGAAAUGAAUACAGAUUUAGUCACUUUCCAUUUCUGACUGUAUCUCAAUCUGAAGCUCUUAUGGGCCCUGGUCAUAAGAAGUGCACUAUAUGAGGAAUAGGGCGCCAUUUUGGAUGCAGACAAUGUGUUAACAGGAUCAUUUCACAGCUGGUUCUUCGCCAGUGGUAUUUAUAGCAAGCCUGCACAUUAGGUUAUUUUAGACUCUGAAUACAUUACUGCUUUUAUUUGGGCUACUUAUUUGAGCAGAAAGGGUAGCCUAGUGGUUAGAGCGUUGGACUAGAAACCGGAAGGUUGCGAGUUCAAACCCCGAGCUGACAAGGUACAAAUCUGUCGUUCUCCCUCUGAACAAGGCACUGUUCCCAGGCCGUCAUUGAAAAUAAGAAUGUGUUCUUAACUGACUUGCCUGGUUAAAUAAAGGUAAAAUAAAUAAAAAAUAUUGUUGUGUACCUGUGAUAUCACACAGACAACAACUUCUUACUGAUAUUAUCUGGUCUUAUUUUCCAAGAGAAUGUUAUAUAUAUAGAAUGUUGAUGUAGAUUAUUUGGCACGAUUUAUCAAAUGGUUAGGCAAUAAUAACUACUGUUUAGAAUAGAUAAGGUAUGAUGACAAAUCUAGCCUUUCUUUUUUUCCUCCAUAUUUUCCACAGCUCCAUGCUCCAUUUGAGCCCUCUCUCUGUCACGGAAGGGACGUGUGGAGUUUCAGUGUGUUCAAAUGUCAACUUCGUUCAAAAUGUCAGUUGAGAGAGUCGGACAGCAGCAGACAGCUGUUGAAGCCGCUUAUAAAAUGGGGACAAUGGGGACAGAUUCAAAAGAUUUGGGCUGAGUUCCAAAUGGCACCCUGUUCCCUAUAUAGCGCACUCAUUUUUUUAAACCAGAACCCUAUGGGCCCUGGUCAAAAGUUGUGCACUACGUAGGGAAUAGAGUGCCAUUUUCGACAAAACCAAUUGCCAACCUCCACCAAUGUCCCUGGUGUUUACAGGUAAACGUUGGCGAGUGCCUGACAGUACAGGCUAAGUGUUCUGUGGUGUUUACCUAGAAACACCCAUGGCUUGUUGUGGCUACACAGCAAAGGUGACAGACAGGUGUGAUGAAUGAUUCUUACACAUGGCACGCUUUUACCUCAGCCCUUCUCCUGUAUUCUCUCUCUCUCUCUCUGUUUCUGUCUCUCUCUCUCUCUCUCUCUGUCUCUCUGUCUCUCUCUCUCUGUCUCUCUCUCUCUCUGUCUCUCUCUGUCGCUCUCUCUCUCUCUCUCUCUCUCUCUCUCUCUCUCUCUCUCUGUCGCUCUCUCUCUCUGUCGCUCUGUCUCUCUCUCUCUGUCUCUCUCUCUCUGUCGCUCUGUCUCUCUCUCUCUCUCUCUCUCUCUCUGUCUCUCUCUCUCUCUCUCUCUCUCUCUCUCUCUGUCUCUCUGUCUCUCUCUCUCUCUCUGUCGCUCUGUCUCCUUCGCUCUCUCUCUCUCACUGUCUCUCUCGGUCUAUCUCUCGCUCCGUCUCUCUCUCUCUGUCAGUCUCUGUCUGUCUGUCUGUCUGUCUCUCUCUCUCAAUUCAAUUCCAUUAAAAAGGCUUUAUAGACAUGAAAAGUGUUAAAAACAGACAUUGCCAAAGCAAAUGUGUAAAUUUAUCAGAUCGUGAUAAUGUUGACUUCACUUCCCUCUCUUUUCGAGAGGUACACGUCCAUCGGCAUGAUCACAAGAUGCAAAACACCAAAGCACUCCGAGAAGUUUUAGAUUUCGGUUCAAAGUUUUUUGGAGAGAAGAACUUAAACGUUCCUAAUUUUCUUGUGUCCAUAUUGACCCUGGUCAAUAGUUGUCCACUAUGCAGGGAAUAGAAGGCCAUUUGGGAUACAAUCUUGUGUAAUGACUUCAGUGCCGACUGUUGUUUUUCAAUAGGACUGUUUCUGUUUCUAGCACAUUUAUGUUGCAUAGAAAAGAAAAUGGGGUGGUGAGGCAUAUUUCAGACCAUAUAGCAUGUUUUCUCCUUCAACAUGAACCUUGAAUAGCAUGGAGGAUGUCCUCAAAUGGAAGAACAUGAAAAUGUUUGGCUA